AUGGAGUCACCAGACGCGAGGAACGCUGUUCAGCUGGAUGGAUUCAAACCCAGACCUCCUCUGUCUGCAGGCAAUGCCAAGGUAGCGCACGGGGGGUUUGAUGGGCCUGCCUACGACAACUGCAGUGGUUAUGGGAGCAGGGUAGCAUCUCUUGGAUCUGAUGCUCUAUCUGCUUAUGAGACUCUGGACCCCCCGCCACACUAUGACUUCUACGGAAAGACCGAAGUGUUUGGCCGACAGAAGCGCUUCAGGCCAUCUCUGUUUCAGCUGCAUAACGACCCUAAGGACUCCAGCCCUCCCAUUUAUGAGGAGACAAACACUGAACAGAUCACAGGAGAAGACAGCUCAGAGGAGGACGAGGGGGAGCAGAAGGAGCCACCUCCUGAACCUACUCGCUUUGGCUGGAUACAUGGAGUCAUGAUCCGUUGCAUGUUGAAUAUCUGGGGGGUGAUCUUGUACUUGAGGUUGCCUUGGAUCACUGCUCAAGCCGGUAUAGGCCUGACCUGGGUGAUCAUCCUGCUAUCCUCCUGUAUAACUGGGAUCACUGGUCUCUCAACCUCCGCCAUCGCUACCAAUGGCAAGGUCAAAAAAGGUGGGACUUACUUUCUGAUCAGUCGGAGCCUCGGCCCAGAGCUGGGUGGGUCCAUCGGUCUGAUCUUUGCUUUUGCCAAUGCCGUAGCUGUGGCCAUGCACACUGUGGGCUUUGCUGAGACGGUUACAGACCUAAUGUAUGAACACGGAGCUGUCAUGGUGGACCGAAUCAAUGACAUCCGCAUCAUUGGCAUCAUUACGGUCACUUGUCUACUUGGUAUCUCACUGGCUGGCAUGUCAUGGGAGUCAAAGGCACAGAUUGUGUUCUUCUUUCUCAUCAUACUGUCAUUUGCCAGUUAUAUUGUUGGAACGAUCAUUCCUGCUUCCCCAGAGAAACAAGCCAAGGGUUUCUUCAGCUACAAAGCUGAUAUAUUUGCCACCAAUUUUGUACCCGGCUGGAGGGGACCGGAGGGCAGUUUCUUUGGCAUGUUCUCUAUUUUCUUCCCCUCUGCCACCGGCAUUCUGGCAGGAGCUAACAUCUCAGGAGAUCUGAGGAAUCCAGCAGUGGCCAUCCCCAGAGGAACACUUAUGGCAAUAUUCUGGACCACCAUUUCUUACCUCAUCAUCUCUGCAACCAUUGGAUCCUGUGUGGUGCGGGAUGCGUCCGGCCUGUUAAACGACACGCUGCUACCAACCACAUUGAGUGAGGAUUGUGUGGGUUUAGCCUGCCAACAUGGAUGGGACUUCACUGAGUGUAUCGCCAAUAAAACCUGCCCGUAUGGCCUCAGUAAUUACUAUCAGUCCAUCGGCCUGGUGUCAGCUUUCGCCCCUCUCAUCACUGCUGGUAUAUUUGGAGCGACACUCUCUUCUGCUUUAGCCUGCCUGGUGUCUGCUCCCAAAGUCUUUGAGUGUCUGUGCAAGGACAAACUGUACCCUUUCAUCGGAAUCUUUGGGAAAGGUUACGGAAAGAAUGAAGAACCGCUCAGAGGCUACCUGCUAACGUACGUCAUCGCCGCCUGCUUCAUUCUCAUCGCCGAGUUGAACACCAUCGCUCCCAUCAUCUCCAACUUCUUCCUCUGCUCUUACACUCUCAUCAACUUCAGCUGCUUCCACGCCUCCAUCACCAAUUCUCCAGGUUGGCGUCCGUCCUUCAGGUUCUACAACAAGUGGCUGUCCUUGCUGUGCGCUGUGAUUUGUGUGGUCCUUAUGUUCUUGCUGACUUGGUGGGCAGCCCUCAUUGCCUUUGGCGUUGUCUUCUUGCUUUUGGGAUACACACUCUACAAGAAGCCUGAGGUCAACUGGGGCUCCUCAGUGCAGGCGAGCUCCUACAACAGGGCUCUGAGCCAGUGUGCAGUGCUCAACCAUGUGGAGGACCAUGUCAAGAACUACAGACCCCAGUGUUUGGUGCUAACGGGCCCCCCCAGCAGCCGGCCAGCACUGGUGGAUCUCAUCAGCUGUUUGACAAAGGACCUUAGUCUCAUGAUUUGUGGUAAUGUGGUCACUGCUGGUCCCCCCCCAUCGGUGGUGCAAGAGGCGAGCAGCGAAAGUCAUGUGACUUGGUUGAACAAACGGAAGGUCAGCUCGUUCUACAGAGGUGUGGUGGCUGCAGAGCUACGAACAGGAGCUAACAUGCUGCUACAGGGGGCAGGUUUAGGUCGUAUUAAGCCAAAUGUUCUACUGAUGGGUUUCAAGAUGAACUUCAGUAGUGAUACACCUCAGGCUGCACACGACUACAUAGCAAUACUGCAUGAUGCUUUCGACCUGCGGUACGGCGUGUGCCUACUGAGAAUGAAGGAGGGACUGGAUGUCUCGCAAUCAUCUCAAUCACACGUUAAUCCAGGUUUUGUUGGAGGACCAGAGGCCAUUCACACCAUUUCUUCCCCUUCCCACUUUCAAACAACAAAUACAUCUUUUGUCCCCAUUGAAGCGGACCCUCAGCGUAGUUCGGUGUUCCAGAAAAAACAAGGAAAGAAAACCAUCGACGUGUACUGGCUGUCUGAUGACGGAGGUCUCACCUUGCUGCUGCCCUACCUGCUGACCCGGAGGAAGCGAUGGGCCCGAUGUAAGGUCCGCAUCUUUGUGGGAGGAGAUGCAGACACGAAGGAAGAGCAGAAACAGGAAGUGAUCGCACUAAUCAAGAAGUUCCGUCUUGGUUUCCAUGACGUUGAAGUGCUUCCUGACAUCUACCAGAGCCCCCAGCCUGAGAGUGUUCAUCAGUUUGAGAAAACGCUGGAUCGCUUCAGGCUGCAUACAAACCCCAAACAGGACUGUGAUUCUGGGACUGCGAGCCAGCAGGAGGACUCAUGGAGGAUCACUGAGCAGGAUUUGGAGAGGAAUCGAGCCAAGUCCCUCCGUCAAAUCCGUCUUAAUGAGGUCUUGAAGGAUUAUUCCAGAGAAGCCGCUCUGAUUGUAAUCACCAUGCCGGUGGGGAUGAAAGGAGUGUGUCCCAACACUCUCUACCUGGCGUGGCUUGACUACUUGUCACGUGAUCUGAGACCUCCAGUCCUGUUGGUCAGAGGCAACCAGGAAAAUGUCCUCACCUUCUACUGCCAGUGAAAUGUCUUCUUGAGAGCAAUUACUCACCAACAUCCUGGCAUUUUCUUCCUGAUUUACAAAUGUCAAUGCCUUAAUGACUAUUUAUCCAAAAAUCCUGAGAUCCUAAUGAAUGUAUGAUGCAUGUAUCUUUUAAUUGCAGUUCUUCCCAUUUAUUUUGAAAAAUGAAUUCCUGCAAACGUAAACCACUGUAAAGUGUAUAUUUAAAACAUAUUGAAUGUGAUUGACAAAAAUACACUGCUCAAAAAAAUCAAAAGACACUUUGAAAAACUUUAACAUUGUUUAUCAGAUAGCAUAUACGUAAACAACAUUUAGCCUAAAGUUUAGAAGUGAUAUGUACUCAAAAUGAAUGUAGGAAGUUCUAGACAGAGGAGGACCAUCCGUGGCGCUAGGUACGCACCAACUUUUAACCAACCGAGAGCCAGCUCCGUCCCUGUUAGUAAACCAGAAACCACAGGUGAAUACUGUUGUAAUGUAUAUAGCCCAAUGUGGUUCUUUGUUCGUGGUUCUUCAAUGGCAAAGUCAGAUUAGUGGCCUGUGGACUGCGAAAGCUCAAGAAACCUCUGUAUUUUUUAUUAAAACAACU